AUGCGCGAUGUAUUCCGCCUACCGGACCCGUUUGCGAUCGUGACGGUGGAUGGCGAGCAGACACACACGACCUCUGUUAUCAAAAAGACGCUCAAUCCGUACUGGAACGACUCGUUUGACAUCACUGUCACCGACGCGUCCAUCGUGGCGGUGCAAAUUUUUGACCAGAAAAAAUUUAAAAAACGCGACCAAGGCUUCCUCGGCGUAGUCAACAUCCGCGUAGCAGAAGUGAUCGACCUCGAGCUUGGCGGCAAGGCGUUGCUCACGCGCGACUUGAAACGCUCCAACGAUAAUCUUGUCGUGCACGGCAAGCUUAUCAUUGACUUGAACACCAACGUCUCCACGCCGCUCCCGCACGACGCCGCUGCGGGUGGUGCCUCGCUUGCCACGCCUGCUUCUGCACCUGCGCCUGCACCUGCUGAGUCUGCCGCAGCAUCAACAGCGCCUGCGGUCGCAGCAUUGCAGCCGAAUGCCGCUUCCGAGCCCGACGUUGCGCGCGCCCAAACAAGUGCUCACCGCCCCAGCGUUGCGGACUCCAUUCCCGCAGUCAUCGCUUCCGACACUGACGCGCACUCGAACACGAGCGCGCCCAUCUCGGCUCCCCAGCCGCGCCCAGAAGGCAACUCGGACGAGUACGGACUGUUGCCUGUGGGCUGGGAGCGACGUACCGACCACUUGGGUCGUACCUACUAUGUCGACCACAACAUGCGCUCCACUACAUGGACGCGUCCCACGGGCGAAGCGCCGCAAGACACGAUCGAGAUUGACCGCGCGCGGAUGAACAGCACCGCUGUCGCCGACGAUUUCCUCGGCGUGGAGAACAGUUCCGUCAAUAGCCCGAGCGCCACGCCAGUCGGGGCCGCGUCGAACGCGACUUCCGCCGGCGCCGGUCCGCUGCCAAGUGGCUGGGAGCAGCGCACCACCGCCGACGGCCGCGCCUAUUUUGUCGACCAUAAUACACGCACUACCACAUGGGUCGAUCCACGGCGGCAGCAAAUUCUGCGUGUGAUGGGCCCCAACGGCAACAAUUUGAGUUUGCAGCCGCAGAGUGUGAGCCAGCUGGGGCCGCUGCCGAGCGGCUGGGAGAUGCGCUUGACCUCUACCGCGCGCGUCUACUUUGUCGAUCACAAUACGAAGACCACGACGUGGGACGAUCCGCGCCUGCCGAGCAGUCUGGACCAAAAUGUGCCGCAGUACAAGCGCGACUUUAGGCGCAAGCUCAUCUACUUCCGCUCGCAGCCCGCUCUGCGCCCGGUCCCGGGUCAGUGCCACGUCAAGGUGCGCCGCACGCAUAUUUUCGAGGAUAGUUAUGCGGAGAUCAUGCGGCAGCAACCGAACGACUUGAAAAAGCGAUUGAUGAUCAAGUUUGAGGGCGAAGAUGCGUUGGACUAUGGCGGUGUUUCGCGUGAGUUCUUCUUCCUCCUCUCCCACGAGAUGUUCAAUCCGUUCUACUGUCUGUUUGAGUACAGUGCUCACGACAACUACACACUCCAGAUCAAUCCCCACUCUGGCAUCAACCCCGAGCACCUGAACUACUUCAAGUUUAUCGGCCGCGUUCUGGGCCUUGCCAUCUUCCACCGCCGCUUCCUCGACGCACACUUCAUUGUAUCGUUUUACAAGAUGAUUUUGAAGAAGAAGAUUUUAUUGUCGGACAUGGAAAGUGUGGACGCCGACUACUACCGCUCACUGCAGUGGAUGCUGGACAACCCGAUCGAUGGGGUGAUGGAAGAGACGUUCAGUGCGAUUGAGGACAAGUUUGGCGAAAUGAUCACCGUCGAGCUCAAGCCCGGCGGCGAGCACAUUGACGUCACUGACGACAACAAGCGUGAAUAUGUCGAGCGCAUGGUCGAAUGGCGCAUUAUGAAGCGUGUCGAGGAGCAGUUCCGUGCGUUUAUUUCUGGUUUCUCGGAGCUCAUUCCCCUCGACUUGAUCAAUGUGUUUGAUGAGCGCGAACUGGAGCUAUUAAUGGGUGGUAUGUCGGAGAUCGACGUGGACGACUGGAAGCGCUUCACCGACUACCGUGGCUUUACGGAGCAGGACGAUGUGGUGCAGUGGUUCUGGCAGUGUGUGCAAAAGUGGCCUGCAGAGCAGCGCUCGCGUCUGCUGCAGUUUGCGACGGGCACGUCGCGUAUUCCAGUCAAUGGAUUCAAAGAUUUGCAAGGCUCCGACGGGCCGCGCAGGUUCACGAUCGAAAAAUCGGGCGAGGUGAACCAUUUGCCCAAGUCACACACUUGCUUUAACCGUAUUGACCUGCCGCCGUACCCGAGUAUGGAGGUAUUGGAAAGCAAGCUGGUGCUUGCGAUUGAGGAGGGUAUGCGUUUUGGCAACGAGUAA